UCCGCUUUGUUCAUCCUUGGCUGCGCGGCGCUUCACGGCCGCGGGCGAAGUCCACGGGACUUACGUACCGGCGGCAGCUUCGGUCCGCCUGCCACUGCACGACGCCGCCUCGCGGCCCGGUGGUGCCAUGUGUUUGCCCGCUGUAGAUGUGGCCGCGGGCUCAGAGGGUUGCGCCGGCGGCAACUGAUUUUCGUUCCGUGGCCGCGUGGACAGCCAGCCGAAUAGAAGCAGUCAACUUUUCAGUCGUCCUCAU